AUGGAGGGUUUCAGAGGAGGAGGAGGAGCCAGCGGUGCCUCCGGCGAGGGCAGCAGUGAUUGUAGGCCUACCCUCGUUCGCCAUGCUUCUCUUAUGAAGACUAUGCCACUGGAUGUACCUAUUGAGACUGAAACGUGCAGAGAAAGCUGUGAUUCUGACUUCCUCCCAAUUGUGCGUUCUGGAGGUUGGGCUGAUAUUGGAUUUAGACGAAGCAUGGAAGAUGUGUAUGUUUGCUAUGACAACUUGAUGCAUGAGUUUGGGCUAAAGAAGCUUGAAGAAGGACCCAAUGCCUUUUAUGGGGUUUUUGAUGGGCACGGGGGAAAGCAUGCUGCUGAUUUUGCUUGCAGCAAUUUGCUGAGGUUUAUCGUAGAGGAUGAUGACUUUCCAAGGGAGAUUGAGAAGGUAGUUGCCUCUGCAUUCUUACAGACAGACACUGCUUUUUCAGAGGUAUGCUCGUUGGAUUCUGCCCUUGCUUCUGGUACAACUGCAUUGACCGCACUCGUUGUUGGAAGGUCACUUGUGGUGGCAAAUGCUGGAGACUGUAGGGCAGUCCUUUGUCGACGAGGCAAAGCCAUCGAGAUGUCCAGGGACCACAAGCCAGCCUGUAUUAGAGAGAGGAAGAGAAUUGAAGCCUCUGGAGGCUACGUCGAAGAUGGAUACCUCAAUGGGCAGCUCAAUGUUGCCCGUGCAUUAGGAGACUGGCAUAUGGAAGGGUUAAAGGACCCUCACAAUGGCGCGGGGCCUCUAAGUGCCGAGCCUGAGGUGAUGAUCACUAGGCUAACAGAGGAGGAUGAGUUCCUUAUCAUUGGUUGUGAUGGAAUUUGGGAUGUUUUUCGAAGCCAGAACGCCGUGGAUUUUGCAAGAAGGAAGCUACAAGAGCACAAUGAUCCGGUGAUUUGCUGCAAGGAGCUGAUUGAUGAGGCAUUGAAGAGGAAGAGUAGCGAUAAUAUGUCAGUUAUCGUGGUUUGUUUUGAUUCAAAGCCGCCUCCUGCUCUUGCUAUGCCAAGAUCUAGGGUUCAGAGGAGCAUAUCGGCGGAGGGGCUCAAAGAGUUGCAGAGCUUUUUGGAUAGUUUGGGGAACUGAACUUAGAACUGUUGUACUUGUACUUUAUAUGUCUUAGGUAUUUGAGAGAGUUUGUUGAGAUGUAACAUAUGCGGCAUCUAGGGUAGCAGUUCUUUUUCAUAAUCUAGCUUCUUUAUCACUCAAAAGAUUUCUAUAUUCCUUUUAAAUUUUCUUGCUAUUCAUUGAGAGCGAUGUCCCGUGAGUGUCUGAUGCUGCUGUCUGAUGAAAGAUGUUGUUCAUUUCUUGUCGACAAAGUUAAACAAUGAUCCAAUGAUGUUUAGAUGGACCCAAACUUUACAGAGAUGGAGUUGAACUGAA